AUGCCUUUCGUAUCAGCAGCGCGCUACGGCAAGGACAAUGUCCGCGUCUACAAGGUCCAUCGCGACCAGGCGACCGGCGUCCAGACCGUCUACGAGAUGACCGUCUGCUGCCUUCUCGAGGGCGACAUUGCAAGCUCUUACACGCACGCCGACAACUCCGUCGUCGUCGCCACAGACACCAUCAAGAACACAAUCUACAUCACCGCCAAGCAGUCCCCCGUCCAUCCCCCCGAGGUGUACGCCGCCACCUUGAGCAGCCACUUUAUCGAAAAGUAUGGGCACAUCCACGCGGCGCACGUCAAGGUGGUGACCCACCGCUGGACGAGGAUGGACAUUGACGGCAAGCCGCACCCGCACAGCUUCCUGCGGGACGGCGAGGAGAAGAGAACAGUCGAGGCGACCGCGCGCCGCGGCGAGGGCAUCGCCAUCGACAGCAGCAUCCAGGGCCUGACGGUCCUCAAGUCCACCGGCUCUGCCUUCCACGGCUUCCUCCGCGACGAGUACACCACGCUGCCCGAGACGUGGGACCGCAUCCUGUCGACGGACGUGGACUCGACGUGGAAGUGGGCCAGGUUCGCCGACGUCAAGGCUGUCGAAAAGGCCGCGCCCCAGUUUGACGAGGCCUGGGCGGCGGCGCGCAACAUUACCCUCAAGCAGUUUGCCGAGGACAACAGUGCGAGCGUCCAGGCUACCAUGUACAAGAUGUGCGAGAACAUCCUGGGGGCCGUACCCGGCGUCAACCACGUCGAGUACUCGCUGCCCAACAAGCACUACUUUGAACUAGACUUGAGCUGGCACAAGGGGAUCAAGAACACAGGCAAGGACGCCGAGGUGUAUGUGCCGCAAUCGGGACCCAACGGUCUGAUCAAGUGUGAGGUCUCGCGGGGGUAA